ACUUAAGUAAGUAAAGUACAGGUACAAGUGAAGUAAAGAGCAAGAAGGAGCAAGUGUGUUCUGUGCUGUUUGUCAUUGUCUUUAAAUUUGAAAAGAUUUAGGCUAAAUUAAAUUUCCGGUAAUCGGUAAUUAAUUCAUGUGAAUACAAAUCAUGAGGUGGCAAUAGACUCUCCCAGACAGAAGGAAAACAAACUCAAGUUUACCACAGUAAAGCAUCAUAUAUUAUCUUAUAUAAUACUUUAAACAAAAGAUGAAAGGGUUUUCUAUUAAACACUAUAAAAAAUGAAAGUCAAUAAUUUGUUCAGUAAAAGAAGAAUUUAUAUUACAAUUAACAUUAUGCUGAAGGAUAAGAUAAUAUUUCAAAACAAUAUACAAAAAGUAUAACUUGAUAUAAUAAGUCAUUUUAAUUCUGAGAUUGAAAAAAGACAAGGGAAAAAGAAUAAUUCUAUACGUAUAUUGCACAAUAUCUUCAACACAUCGAUAACGAGAUUUGAGCAAGAGAUGUUUGAAAAUUAAAUGAGAUCUCUAUGUAACUAUCAUUGGUGCUGUCACUAUACCAAUGGUAAAUAUUAAACAUUUAAUAAAUCCUUUAAACAAGGGAAACAUUUAAAUAUACAGUAUAUACAAAGUAUACUGACUAGUUGAGUUAUCUAUGUUACAAGGUUAUCUGAUAAGUUCAACAAAGUCAGAAAGUAAAAAGUAAAAACAUGUUAAAGAUCACUAAAAAGCUGCCUUAUCAGUGUCCAUUAUGCAGAGUAAUCAUUUCAUGUCGUUGGGGAAUGAGGAAUCAUAUAUUAAAACAUACGGGUGAGUGUCGCUUUAAAUGUUUGAUUUGUGAGAAAACCUUUUUUCAACUAUAUCAGAUAAAGAGACAUUUGACGGUACACUCUGGGGAGAGACCUUAUAAGUGUACUACAUGCGGAAAAUCUUUCACAACCAAUAACAAUUUGAGGCAACAUACAUUGGUUCAUUCUGGAGAGCUACCUUAUAAGUGUGUUACAUGCGGAAAAUCUUUUAAAACCAAAAGCAACAUGAAGAAACAUACAUUGAUUCAUACAGAAGAGAGACCUUAUAAGUGCACUACAUGCGGAAAAUCUUUUAAAAACAAAUCCAGUAUGAAGAACCAUACAUUGCUUCAUACUGGAGAGCGACCUUACAAUUGCAUUAUAUGCGGAAAAUCUUUUACAAUCAAAGCCAGUUUAAAGGAACAUAGAUUGGUUCAUUCUGGAGAGCGACCUUACAAGUGCGUUACAUGCGGAAAAUCUUUAAAAACCAAAACACAAAUGAUGAGACAUAAAUUGGUUCAUACAGAAGAGAGACCUUAUAAGUGCACUACAUGCGGGAAAUCGUUUAAAGAAAAAGCCAAUAUGAAGAAACAUACAUUGAUUCAUGUUGGAGAGCGACCUUACAAAUGCACUACCUGCGGAAAAUCUUUUACAACCAAAGCAUAUAUGAAGACACAUGCAUUGGUUCAUACUAAAGAGCGACCUAAUAAGUGCACUACAUGUGGGAACUCUUUUACAACCAUAGAUAGUUUGAAGAAACAUGCAUUGCUUCAUACUGUAGAGCGACCUCAUAAGUGUACUACAUGCGGAAAAUCUUUCAUGACGCAAGACGAUAUGAAGAAACAUACAUUGUUUCAUAAAGUAAAGGUACCUUAUGAAUGUACUAAAUGCGGAAAAUCUUUCACAACCAAAAUCAAUUUGAAGGAACAUACAUUGGUUCAUACUCUAGAGCGACCUUAUAGGUGCGCCACCUGCGGAAAAUCUUUUACAACGCAAGAGAAAAUGAAGAAUCACACAUUAAUCAAUACAGAAAAGAGACCAUUAUAUAUAAGUGCACUAGAUGCGGAAAAACUUUCACAAACAAAAGCUAUAGUAAGGAACAUACAAUGUAUCAUAGUGGAAAAUUCUUUACAAGCAAAGGCAGUAUGCAGGAACAUUGACAUUGGUUCAUGCUCGAGAGCGACCUUAUAAGUGCUCUAUAUGCGGAAAAUCUUUCUAAACCAAAAGCAAAAUGAAGAAACAUACAUUGGUUCAUACAAAGAGACACCUUAUAAGUGCACCGAGGAAAGUCCUUUAAAACCAAAAGCAAUAUAAAAAUGAAGCACACACAUACAUUGAUUAAAAAAUAUUUUUUUGGAAUUUGAAACCAUGCAACUGAAAGAUAUUGGUAAUCAGACCUCCACAAGUCACUUUUUGACUCCCAGACAUUUCCAUGCCUGGUAGCAAAGUGAGUGUACUACCUAAAUCUUUAGAAUUAACUUCUACGAUCAAUAAUGAUAAGAAAUCGUGUAGUAUAUCUGUCUUCCAUCAAAACAUACAAUGUCUAGCAACUAGAAUUGACUAAUUAAUUAUCACAAUUGAAGAAUUAAAGCCACAUAUUAUAAUUUUGACUGAACAUAAAUUAAACCAACAUGAAAUAACAAAACUCAAAAUACCAGUGUAUCAAGUUUCGACCUGGUACACGAAUAGAGGGGGAGGGGGAGUAUUAAUUUUGGUGUCAGAAAAGAUUGUAUUCAAAAAUAUAAUGCUAAGUUCAUUACAGGCGCUUAACCAAGAUAAAAUCUUUGAAUCUUGUGUAACAGAAAUUAAAGCAGGCAAAGAAAAAUUCUUGGUGGCUGGUGGAUAUAGAUCACCAUCACAAGGCGUUGAUAUAUAUUUGGAAAAACUAAGUGAACUUUUGAAAAUUGUAAGUAGAACUGACCAAAAAAAAUUAUUGGGGGGGAGAUUUUAAUAUCGAUGUUUUGAGGGACAAUAAGAAAAGGAAGUUUGUUUUGCAGAUGCAUGGUUUUAAAUAUACAAUUACAAUUCCAACUAGAGUUGCUGAAAAGAGUUUAUCUGCCAUUGAUAAUUUUAUUACUAAUUUAAUUUAAUUUAGAUAGCAAAAUUUUUGAAGUAGAAUGUUUAAUUACAGCAUUGUCAGAUCAUGAUGGACAACUUUUUUAAAAUCCUCAGUUCAAAAAGUACAAAAAACAAUUUAAAUCUUAAAAUACAUAAGUAUGAAAGGAGGUAUAAACAAGAGAGCAUUAACCUUUUCAUUUAUGACCUUUCCAAAGAGGAUUGGACAAAACUUUAUAACUGUAAUGUGGAAGACAAAUUUACUUAUUUCUAUAACAUUUUAAAAUAAAUUUCCCUAAAACAAAAAUAGUUUCCAGUAAUUUAAAUAAUGGAUGGAUUGAUGAUGAAAUUAUCAAUGAGCAUCAUGAAAUAAUUGCAGAACAUGACUUGUAUGGAGAUGAUAGAAGUAACAUAUUAUCAUUGAAGAAUUAUAUUAAGGAACACAAGAAUAGAUACAAAAAAAUGAUAGAACUUAAGAAAGAAACCCAUUUUGAAAUAAAAUUAGAAAUUCUACCAAUGUUAACAAAACUGUUUGGAAAACUGUGAACUCUGAAACAAAAAACCAAACAAAAAAGAAAGAUGGCAUAGUAAUAUUUCACUCAAACAUAACGGCAAAAAAAAUAGAAGAACCAUAUGCUGUAAUCAAAAUUAUUAAAGAAUCAAAAUCUGUUUUGUUAAAGCCACUUUAACAUGUGAUUAAUACAUCACUAAUAACAGGCGUUUUCCCCGCUCAACUAAAAAUAUCAAAAAUAAUUCCAGUACAUAUAUAAAAAAGGUGAUAAAAAAGAUCCGCUGAACUAUAGACCAUUGGCAAUUCAACCUGCUAUUUGAAAAAAGUUUACUUUUUCAACUAUUAGAUUAAUUUGAAAAUAACCACUUAUUAGAUCAAGGAUAUAUAUCUAUAUAGUAUAAUGUAAUAUAAUAUAUAUUUAUAUAUAGCAUGGAUAUAGAAAAAAAUAAAUCUACUACUACAGCUAUAAUUUCUUAUAUUGAAAAUGUAUUACAUAAGUUAGAUGAGGACAAUUAUGUUGUAGGUGCCUUUUUUAUAUGCCUAAGGCUUUUGAUAGUGUGAAUCAUUGAAAGUUACUGCAAAAACUCUGAGCAUAUGGAAUUAGUGGUAAAGAACUGAGCUGGAUAAAAUCUUAUUUAGCGGGCCGCCAACAGUUUGUUAACAUUGGGUAUUUGGAUGGAAAUAAGAUGUACAAUGUUAGAUAUAAUGUUAGGUAAGUUAAGUAUUCUGUUCCUCAGGGAUCUUUGUUGGGUCCGUUCCUGUUCCUGUGCUACUUGGGAGGGAUGCCAAAACAUUUAUUUGAACGGGUAGAAAACAAUGCCCUCUGCUUGUAUGCAGAUGAUAUAAGUAUGUCUAUGCAUGAAAAGAAUAUUGAACUUCUUGAAAUAAAAAUGAAAGAUUCGCUCAAAAUAAUUGGACAUUACUUAAAUGAAAAAACCUUUUACUUAAUGAAAACAAAACAACCUUCAUCAAAUUUCAGUGUAAAAAGUCUGGGGAAAAGAUAUUUGAAAAUUAUGCAUGUGAAACCAAAUUUUGAGGUCUAACCUUGGACAGUACACUAAAGUGGACCACACUUGUUGAUAAAAUAUGUAAUAAAAUUAGCUCGGUAUUUUUACUUUAAGACGACUAUACCCCCUUAGCAGUAAAUAAAUUUUGCGUGUGGUUUAUUAUUCAAGUAUACACUCCCAUAUUUCAUAUGGCAUUGAAAUUUAUGGUGGAACAAAUAAAUCUAACUUAAAUGAAAUUUUACAUUUACAAAAAGAGGCCAUAAGGUGCAUCCUUAAUUUAAAUGAAAAUGAAUCAUGUAAAAAUCGUUUCAAAGAAUUAGAAUUCUUUACAGUUUACAGCCUCUACAUAUAUAAGACUAUAUUGUAUGUUAAAAACCAGGAGUUGCAACUGCAAAUACAGCAAGAUGUACAUACUUACAAUACUAGACACAAACAAAAUGUUAUAAUUAAAAAGCAUAAAAAAAAUAAAAAAAUUAAAGAAAGCCCUUAUUAUAUUGGGGUUAAACUUAUCCUUCUCUCCCUUGUAGCAUCAGAAAUGAGGAAAACAGAAAUAAGUCAAAAAAAAGCCGAAAAUUAAGAAUUUUCUAAUUAGUGGAGAGUUUUAUAAUUUUGAAGAAUUUACUGCACUAUGUUCAAAUAUGUAAAAAAUAAAUAAAUAAAAAAGUAAAAUGGAUCAGGAAAAUGGUUUUAGUAUUAGUUAUAGUUUACCCUAAUUAUAUGUAUGUAUAUAGUGUUUGAACGGCUGGGUAGUGUUAAACUUGGUAGAGGUGUCUAAAGAAAUGUCUUGGUCUGUAGAUGAGUCAUCAAAAGAAAAACGAAGUGAAUUCCCUUAGGGCUCUGUCCCAGAAGCCUUUGAAGAUCCCUCCACAGAUUUGUUUACAUAAUGGCCAUGUGGAUAAUACUUAUUAAUGAAACAGGCUGUUAAUUUUUAAAUUGUAUUUUAAAACGCACAUUUAUUGGGAUUUACUGAAUUGUCAAAAAGAAGUAUUUGCAAUGUUAUUUUCUGAUUUUAAAAUAGAUUUUCUUCUGUAUCAUAUCAUGUUUUGCAAUACAGUAUAACGUUCCAUUACGAAAUCAGUGGAAAAUCUUUUUAUCACAGUAGGCUAACUCCUGUCGUUAUAUAGAAUCCUCCCCUGAUUAUAUUACCAUUUUCAUCUUUCAAGAUAUAAGUCACAAGCUUUGUAUUCUUAACUUCUGCUAGGUAUUGUACCUAAAUAGCCCCCCUGUCCGAUUUGGGGUGUAUCCUUUAUUAAAAACAUGUUUAUACUUGGAAAUCCUUAAAUAGUUCCCCUGUCCAAUUUGGGGUGUAUCCUUUACUAAAAACAUGUUUAAAC